GAGAAGCUACAGCCGAGUCCAUUUGUCACUGCCAAAUGAGAGUUGACUUGAUUGUCUAGAUCACACCUGACCUGGCAUCAUAUCUCAUUUUCCAUGGUUUUGCAAGGUGGCCUGACUGAUGGUAACAGCAGUGUGUUCUAGGGUAUACCAUCAGUGUAUACCUUGGAAUAUAUAAAUUUGGUCUCACCCGAUUCGAACACGAAGGUCCUGCUUAUAGCUUAUCGUGGCAAACAAACUCUUGUAGCUGUAUCUUGUUUCAACUCCUCGAAAAUGCCAUUUGGCUCGCUCUCAGUAUCCAACACGGCCAUCCCACAGUAUGCUCCCCCGUAUCCUGUAGGUGGCAGCGACUACACAUGUGAAAAUGGUCUCAUCGUUACCUAUCAAACAUCACUCCAAUGUGUGCGCCAUCUUGUGCCGGACAUGCUGGAGCUCGAGGAUGAGCCACAAGUAACAGUGAUGGUUUUACAACACACAAUGACCUCAUUCGGACCGUACAAUGAGUAUGUCCACGCGGUCCAAGUCAAAUACAAGGGCGACACUUUUGACUACUUCCUGUCCCUGAUCCUAGACAAUGACUCGCCGAUACUCUGCGGCCGCGAACAAUUCGGCUUCCCCAAGAGGUUGGGGAAUGUGGUGUUGACGUCGAAAACGGGAUCGACAGUCGUUCACAGCUAUGUUGAGAGACCUACAGGCCAAAGGGUGAUUGAAGUCGGGUUCCAGCCGGAACAGAGACUCAGGGGUACGGUGGAGAGGACAAUCCCGGGGUUAAAUUUGAGAGUCAUCCCCUCAGUGGUCCCGGGUCAGGGUCCGUCCAUCAAAGAAUUGGUGCCAGUUGACAUCACAAUGGAGGCAAAUGAGGUUUGGGAAGGCUCUGGUUCAAUCUGCUUCCCGGAGCCAUCAAGAUUCGAUCCGAUGCAUGAUGUCAGAGUGCUUCGAUAUAUAAACGCGACUCUAGUGCGGAAGGCAGCCCUUGCGAUCCGUUUGCCGACCAAAGUGUUCCAGCUAUAAUCAUGCUGUAUUCCAUGCGAAAGUGAAUGUGUCUAUACCGUGCAACACUGGAGAGGUGUUAAUAGCAAACAAUAUAGUAGCUUUUCAAUGAAUAAACUACAAUAUAUAUCUGUUAUGGGAAAAUGUCAUUCAAUAUGACCAGCUAUUUUCUUUUUUGAUAUGACAGGUCCUUGAUGGUGAGGGCGUGCGUCUAGGAAAACGCGCCCCCCAACUAGGCCAAAAGCUCAUAUUAUUCUGAAUCCAUGAUUCGGAAUACCCUAGAUCGCACCUAAAAGCUCACCACCGUUACUCAGAUGGUCAUAGCUUCGCCAGUGUAAAUUAUCUUAUGAUAUAUCGGACUUUGGUUGGGUCUAGUAGACAACUUGUACCACUCUAUAUAUAACCUUUCCAUCAUGUGUAAACAUUCCUUGAAGAUUCCAGUGAUAGGCAUACUAUGAUACAAUUUCGCGCGACCAAAACUGACAUUAUGGUCAUGACCCUGGUGCUACAG